AUGGGGGUGAACGCGGUGCACUGGUUCCGCAAGGGGCUCCGGCUCCACGACAACCCGGCGCUGAGGGAAGUCAUCCAAGGCGCCGACACGGUGCGCUGCGUCUACAUCCUGGACCCCUGGUUCGCGGGCUCCUCCAACGUGGGGAUCAACCGGUGGAGGUCAGUGAAUGAGUGGGCGCGAGGAUGCGGCUCUUUUUUUAUUUAGCCGGUCGGUUUUUAUAAAUCCCCAUUCAGAAGGUUCCCGGUUGCGGGUAGGAAUGGGGGGGGGAGGAAAUGGGAGAGGUUUGGGCGUCGUCUGCGCACGCGCGUUGGCUGCUGGUUAUACAACGCCGUUUCAGGUACUAUGUAACGCCGGUGAAAUCAAUCUUGACGUCCUGGCACUCGGAGCUAAUGAAAGGACGGCGCACUUCGGCCACCCGCUUAUGUUCUCAGCAUGACUUGAUUUUUAAAGCUUGCCAUUUCCCAUGGGAACGGAUUGCGUCGUUAACUUCUUAAGCAACUGCGCUUCUCUCACUGCAUGCAAAAGAGUGCUGAUUUAAAGCGAUGAAUAAAUUCUAACCCAUGUUGGUGUUGUCAAAAGGAUUUUUGAGAACUCAGAAAAAUUGUAUAGUUUAAUACUUGUACAAACAAAGCUGGCCCAAUUAAAAAACAAAUCAAAACCCACUAAACCUUACCUCUGUUUCCUGUUCUCCAGCCGAACAGGGUAACAGAUAUUUGUGAAAGGCUCCAAAAGUUAUACCCAUUACAUGUUUGUCACUGUCCGCUUUAAAGAUGUAAUCUUGAGUCUUAGCUUUCACUUUAAUGCCCUUGCUGUGCAACAGAGGCUUUGCCAUCCUAGGUUAUAUAUGUGUGGCCAUGAUGCUCACCUUCCUCUUUCUAGCUAUGACCUACUCCUAAUUAUGCCCUUUCCAGCCUCUUCCUUGUACUUGCAGUUCCUUCUGUUGCUGUGCAAAGCAAGACAUAACCUCACUUGGAUAUUUCGCAAGCAGUGUUAUGCUCAUUUUCCAACCACAGACAUUGUGAGGCUAAGAGGCCUACUAAAAGUUGCUUCGAAUCAAUAAAACAUUGGGGAAAUUUGUGUAUAUUUGUAUGUAGCUGUUCCAAAUGGUGCUGAAAAAUUAGGCAAUGAGAGCUGUAUCUGACUUUUUUUUGGUGAGUUCAAACUUGAUAGGUUAGUUCUUGUCACAAAAACACUGUUCAAAACUGGUGUCUGGUCAGUAGCAAAGGUAGACAAAUGAUAUGGACUACUUUGACAUUCGUGGAACACAAUAAAGAUGAAGAGGAUUAUCAAUUGCUGUAAGGAGUGUGCAGGUCUUUCAAAGGAAGCUUCUUAGUUGCAUUCUGAACUAAUUAAACCAGUUUAUUGUGAACCAGAACUGCUAGAUAUCCACAUGUGUUCCAUGGCUAAUUCACAGAUAACUAGAAAACUUGGUACAUAAUGCUGCUGGGCAACUUUUACUUGAAGUAGAACUGAUGUGGGGGCAGGGACGGGAGUCUAGUCUAGUCUUCUAGUUUAUAUUAUGCUACUUACUAUGCAGUAUGGUUGGUAGCAAUUUCUUGGUCAUGGCAGAUAGUAAAUAUUUCUGCCAGGGCCUCUUUUGGGUCUGGAUUUAAGCUGCUAAAGGUAUGUUGCCAUCUGUUCACCAUUUUAAAAAUUAUGAUUUUAGAAGUCAAAAAUAGGGUAUUGAAUGAAUACUUGGUAAAAUAUAUCAACACUGUAUAGUAGGCACAAGGAAAUACUAGUGGAGAUGCUUAAAACUGUAAGAUGUAAGGAAAAUGCAUAGUACACUUGUGAAUGAAUUUUGUCUAUUGCUGUCAUACUGACAUGCCAGAUGCCUUGCGUGGUGUUACUGACCUCCUUUCUCUUGUCCCCAUUCCUGGUGCAUUUGUUAUAGUUCUCAUAAUGUAAAAGCUUUAAAGUUGAGUUUGAGUUUCUUUGUGUAAUGUUUUUAAUGCACCUUAUUUCUUAGCUAACAAGUUGUUCAAGACGAAAGUGGCUCAGAAUAUUUGUGACAGAUCCUGUGUACUUCAUUCUGCAAUGUGUUGUUGUAGUAAGACUUCUGUGAAUCUUGCUUUGAAUUAAGUGGCUAGCUUUCAUUUGGAUGCUGUUAUGGGAGUCAGAACAGUUUUAGAAUUUCUCAAGUUUUGCAUUAAAUCAACAUUGAGAUAGUAUAUUAAUUUAAAACUCUACUUUGAGACAUAUUAAGUGAAGUGAGUCAUACAUGGCAAUAAAUAUUUCAAAAAAGAAACCAAUAAUCAUCAUUUCAAAACUUUUUAAUUGCCAGGGGUAGUAGAUAAAGGCAACGUGAAGCAUUCUCUUUUUUGUUUUUGAACUCUGGUAAAAUGCAAUACCAGUUAUUGGUUAAACAAUUAGCCGCAACAAAAGGACUUCAUAGGUCGGGGCUUAUCAGUUAUUUUUUAAAAGAUUAGAUCUAGGCCAGAAGUGUACUUAAUUCUUAAAAGAAAAUAAUAUUGUAGUCACUUGUUAAAAUGCUUAGGAGGCUGGUUAGACAUAUAUCAUGGGGCCAUUUCUAUCAUUAGUCCCAGGGGCCUUCAGUGUCUUGUUCUUUAGUUAGCUAGCUUGCAAGACUUAAGGUUUUUUGAAGUUCUAAUAAAGGUAUUGCCUGAUAGUGGAUUUUUGAUUUUUUUUCUUUAACCAACAAAACUUCACAUGCUUUUAUUGUCUCUUUGAUUUGUCACUGUAUACCCGAGGUAAGCAUUACCAUCAUCAAAAUUGAGUGCCUUAUGAAUGUUGCCUUGGGUCCUGCAGUUGAGGAAAGAAUCACAGAAUCACAGAACUGUAGAGUUUGUUGGAGUAUAAAUAAAUAACGGUAGUUAACGGGUAGUGGCAUUCAUAAUUUGAGUUAAGGAAAUUCAUUGUGACAGCGUAACUGGAGCAAGUAGAUAGAACAGCCUUUCUUCAACAUGCUGCCCUCCAAAUGUUUUGGAUUCAGGUUUCAUCAUCCCAGACAGUGUGUCAUGCUGAUUGAGGCUGAUGGGAGUUGGAAUUUGGAUCAUUUGGCGGGCACCAGAUUGGGAAAGCUUAAAUAGAACACUGGACUUCUGUCUCAGCUAGCCACAGAUUCAGUGACUUGCCCAUUUGUAAAAUGAAAGGAGGGGAGCAUUUGCAGCAUUUGUUCUGGGCAAUAUAAUCAUUUGUAGACAUGUUUUAAAAUUACAGUGGAACCUCGGGUUACGUACUGUCCUCCUUACGAAUACUUCGGGUAACGAGCUCCACUAACCUGGAAGUAGAUGCUCCUGGUAGCGAACUAUGCCCCAGGAUUCAAGCGGAAGUUGUGGCACGGCUGCAGCAGGAUGCCCCAUUAGCAAAAGCGUGCCUCAGGUUGAGAACGGUUUUGGCUUAAGAACAGACCACUGUAAAUAAAUAAAUGUUAACCUUGAUCAGAUAUGUAAUUUUAUUUUUUGCAUUUGGAACAAGAAUCUUUCAAACAUGUUUUUAAUUGAUUUCCCUCUGCAAGAGUCAUGUUGUGUUUUAACCCAUGUUUUCUGAAAUGGGUGCAUGAUUCUGGUGUAGAGCAGGGAGUAUAUUCACUAUAUUUUGAUGACAAUACGUUAAAUGAAUGGCUUCCCUACUCCCCCUGAAAAUCCCCUUGUAAAGCAAAUAGAACCCAGUUCCUGGAAUCCUCAGGAGGAAAGAGUGCUGUUGUGCUCAGGUCCUACUUGCAGGCUUCCAUAUGCAUCAGGAUGGCCACUGUGAGAACAGGAUGCUGGACUAGGUGGAUCACUGGCCUGAUCCAGCAGGGCUAUUCUUACGUUUUUGUGUAAAUAUAGUGGGUAUAAGAGGAAUCUGGUGGAACGGGGAUAAUCAUUCAGGGCUCUCCUGAAUACACAGAGCGAAGAAAUGUGUCUUAAGGGUGGUAUAGCACUGCAUGUCAAGGAGGGCAUAGAAGUCAAUCUAGAAAAGGUGCAGACUCCUCCACAGAAGCAAGGUUUGAAAAAUAAUGUCAUAAUGGAGACAUAUUAUCAUGCUCCUCCCCCCCAUCAAGUUGAACUUGAAAUGGAGAAAUAAAUCAGAGGGAUCCAAAGUGUUAAUAGUGGGUGAUAUUGCAUAGAGUUAUAUAAUGACAAAGAGACAACAUUUCUAGAUACCCUAAAUGACUGAUUUUUUAAAACAGUUGGCUAGGGAAUGAGUGGGGCAUGGAGCUGGAAUUGUGUUGACGAGGACCUAGAGCAAGAUGUAAGUGUUGCUAAACUAAGGGGAACAGUGACCACAGUGAUAUGAAAUUCAAUAUACAUAUAACUGGGAAAUUGCCAGUAGAAAUCCAAGGUUCUGUAUACACUAUAUCUUUAAAGCACAUUCUUUCCCUCAAAGAAUUCUGGGCACUGUAAUGAGGAGUUGAUGGGAGUUGUAACUCUGUGAGGGCUGAGCUACAGCGCCCAGAAUUCUUUGAGAGAAAGAAUGUGUUUUGAACAUUCUUUAAAACUAUAGUGUGUACACAGUUCAAAACAGUCACAUUUGACUUUGAAAAGUAAACUUAUUUUAAAAAUGAUUAUGACAGGGAGAGUCAAGAGAAUCUCAUCUCUUUUAAAAGCUUGGAGGUUAUUUAAAGCCAUGGCAAUAGAACAUAUGCUACAGAUUCAGGGGCAAGAAGGCACCCCCCCCCCCCCCGAAAAUUGAAUAAGAGAACAUGAAAGCAAAAAGAAGCAAAAUAUUAUGCAAAAGAGGGAAGCAGAGGGAAGGAAUUGAGUAUAUUGUUAGAUACAUUCAAUAAUGUAUAACUUGUUCCUAACAUUAGCUUCUAUACUAGAGGGCUGGAAAGUAGCUAAUUGAACAUCCAGGAAGUUACCAGCUAAUUAUAACAACAGUUCUGUAUAAAUGGGUAGAAAGCACUAUCAAAUUAUCAAACAAGCUUCUGCCCUGCUAACAUUUUUUGAGAGAAUCAAGAACUGAAAGGAUAGGGAAGAUCAAAAUGAUCAGGAGGCUGGAGUAUAGUCCCCACAAGGGGACUAUACUGGCCUGGUUUCCAUGACAUGGUAAACCAGACUGACUUCCUGGAGUUGUAUGGGCUCCUGGAGAGAAGCUCUAAACUGCGUUGCUCCUCCCUAGUCUUGAAUAGUCCCAUGGUGAGCUAAGCAAAAGUUUGACUUAGCUAGCAGUUUUAAUCCAGUGCUGUGGUUAAGCACUCGCCUCGCUAACCAUGAAUUGUAGCCUAGGGUUAUUCCUGUAUUGCAUGUGGACAAGGCUGUUUUGGGAGGGAAGAAUGGUUCAAUAUGGCUCCAAAUUUGCGGACUGGUCCAGUGUAACAACAUGCUAUAGUCUGAAUAUGAAUGAGCUGACAUGAACUGCAGGCCCACUUGCCAACCUCUUUCCCUUUUUACUCCAUGAGAAAUGAUAUAAAGCUUGUAUUACUGGUUAGCAACAUAUUGUUUGUUGCUGCACCCAAACUGGCAAGGAGUUGUUUAUUCACAUUACAGAUUGCUAACAAGCCAGAAUACCAAGCCAGGACUGAAGUCUGUCUUGUGUUAUUUGCUUCCUACAUUUUUAUCUCUAGUGUUUUAACCCUUAUCUUAAAUUGCUUUCAGCACUCUUAAAAUAGUCUACAAGUAAAACACAUAACUGUUUAAAUGUGGAACAGUAUUCAGUAACCACAGAUUUAAUAGGUAUAAGCUUUUUACUUACAAGUAUGUGUGGGCACCUGUGGAAUAGCCUGUUGUUAGGCCUUCUCUGCAUUUAUUUAUUUAUUUAUGCAUGCAUGCAUGCAUGCAUACAUACACAUACCACUUGAUUGGGAAAAAAUAUUAAAGCGGUUUAGAAAAAUAUAAAACAAAUUUGAGAAAAAAUCAUAACCAUAUUGAGUUACUCUGUUUCUGUCUGGUGGCACUGGUUUACUUUACUUUCAUAUUGACUAGGCAUCAGCAAAAAGGUCAUUAUGUGCUUCAGAUUAUAGUAAUUGAAGGAAUCCCUAAAAUUCUAAGAAAUUCUCAUUGUGAUUCACUCUCUAGGCUUCGGGCAAAUUUCCAUCUCUCUCCCCCCCCCCCAUUUAUUAGUCACUUGCUACCCAAAGGUUGAGGGAUGCGGGUGGUGCUGUGGGUUAAACCACAGAGCCUAGGACUUGCCGAUCAGAAGGUCAGCGGGUCGAAUCCCCGCAACGGGGUGAGCUCCCGUUGCUCAGUCCCUGCUCCUGCCAACCUAGCAGUUCAAAAGCACGUCAGAGUGCAAGUAGAUAAAUAGGUACUGCUCCAGCAGGAAGGUAAACGGCGUUUCCGUGUGCUGCUCUGGUUUGCCAGAAGCGGCUUAGUCAUGCUGGCCACAUGACCCGGAAGCUGUACAGUGUCUGCCUCGGCCAAUAAAGCAAGAUGAGCGCCGCAACCCCAGAGUCUGUCACAACUAAACCUAAUGGUCAAGGGUCCCUUUACCUUUACCCAAAGGUCUGUAAGCUACUUACAGCCAAAAAAGAUAUACAAUACACAAUACCAUAAGAGGGAAAUCAUAUAAUACAUCAAUAUUUCAUAUAACAUUACAUCUGGGAGGGGUAGCAAACAGCAUUAACAAUACUCAAAUAACAAAGUCAUACUCAGACCCAUUAAUUAGCAAAUAAACAAAACCUCAAGCUUCCCCAGUCCAAAAAUCAUUCACAUAAAAACAACACCCUCCUCCCCAUUUUAACCGCUGUACUCCACUCAGAAGUAUGGUGUCAACACCAUCUGUUAAAAAUCAGUGGGUGGGUCCAGUGUCUUCCAGGGGUGAUCUGGCAUCUCUCCUCUCCCUUCAUGGGGAGAAAGGUAGAAAGCAAAGCAGGAAGAUGGUAAUGAGAGUUUAACCUGCUUUGCAGUUGACCGGGUCACUGCUCCUCUCCUGUUGUUGGUGAGGGAGUGGUGGGUGAUUGUAAUCAUAACCACUAUAUAACUACAGGCCAUGGAGGUCAGAUGAACAGUUCAUACAAGCACUACUUCCAGCUUGGGCAAGAGGGGACAGACAGUCAUGGUGCUGUUGCACUUGUAAACUCUGUUCUCCUGGUACUCAAGCUACAUAACUGUCACUUCAAGAAACAGAUUCUGGCAGGUAGAACGUAGGUAGGUAGUUUUCUCUUUCUCUUGGUAAUUAACUAAGGUGCUGCCUUUUAGAAAUUAUUUUGUCUCUUAAGUUGGGAUUUAAUUUUACUGACUUUAUUUCUGGACCAAAAAUGUAAAUAAAUGUUUAGUUGAUCAACAAAAGAGUGAAAUAAGCCUGUUGAAAUCAAAAGGAAUUAUUUUAGAACAUCAUGCUUUAUCAACCUUAUACAUGGUGAAUGCUGACGAGAGCUUUUGAAACUACAAGACUGACAUUCUGAAGCAUAUUCAGCUCUUCAUAGGACAGUUUGAUACUGCUGUCUGGGAUAUCACUUUUAAAAAAAGAAAAAUGGCUUCUGUGUAAGAUGAUAAAAUGAACAAAAGCAGUAGCAUCAUGAGACCUUUAUUUGCCUGAAUACUUCAGCUAAGACACCAUAGACCAGUACAGUUGUAUAACUAACUGAAUGAGUCAUCUGUUAAAGAAGCAAGUGUUUUGAGAACUAAAUAAUGUCAAGCAGUAUAUAAAGAUUUGGUUAUAUCGGAGAAGACCAGUUUGUUCAGUUAUGUAUAAAUACAGCAUAGUUUGUACAAUGAUAGUGACACAAUGGACUUUCCUUGCAAUGAGCAAAUGUGUUUACCUGCUAUAUUCAAUGUGAUAUAUAGAUGAUGGAACAGUCUGUCCUAGAAACCUUUACCUUUUUAUCUGGCAUAAAUUCUAUUUAUGAUAAGCACAUGUACGGUAAAUAGACUUCACAACACUUUUUCUUCCAUGAGUUCUUUCUACUGUUAGUUCUCAUUGCAAUGGACAUUCUUAAAUAGCAUUUUAAUUUUCAUUAAUGGGAAUCCAAAUAUGGAAGAUUUUAACUUUAGUUUUUGUGUUUGCUUUUAAUUGCAUGACUAGAGUAAAUGUUCUCACUAGUUUAAUUCUCAUUCAUUGAAGCAUUAUCAGUUCUGCUUUUCAGGAUCAUGGAUCCUUCCAAGGCAAUUUAUACCGCAUUUUUCGCUCCAUAGGGCGCACCGGACCAUAGAGCACACCUAGUUUUUUUUGGGGGGGGGGGAGGAAAUAAAGGGGGAAAAAAAUAUUCCCCUCCCCAGCCCCAAAGAGCAAAGAAGCCAAGACAGCGAGCGGGAUCCAUCCCGAUGCCUGUCUUGGCUUCCUCUUUAGCUGUGCGCAAUGUCUCCAGCCGGGAGAGGCUGCGCGCGGCUUUGGCAGAAGCCAAGACAGCAAGCGGGAUGGAUCCUGCUCGCUGCCUUGGCUUCGUUUUUAGCUGCGGGGCUGGGGCAGGGGAAGCCCAAGCUUCCCCCUACCCCAGCCCCCAGAACAGGUCCAGGAGCGGCGGCAAGAUUGCGCGCAACCUCGCCGCCACUCCCGGAGCUUGCGGGGCUGGGGAAGCCCGAGCUUCCCCCAACCCCAGCCCCCGGAACAGGCUGCUAUCCGAAAGCCUUCUGAGUGCGGCGGGAACUCCCUCUGGGCUCCAAAGGCUUGCGGAUAGCUGCCUGAAGCCUGGGGAGCGCAGCAGGAAUUGGCGCUGCGCUCCCCGGACUUCAGGCUGCAGGCUGCUAUCCACAAGCCUUCGGAGCCCGCGGGAACUCCCGCCGCGCUCAGAAGGCUUGCGGCUAGCUGCCUGAAGCCUGGAGAAUGAGAGGGGUCGGUGCGCACCGACCGCUCUCCCUCUCCAGGCUUCAGCGUAAGCCUGCAUUCGCACACACAUUUCCCCUUCAUUUUUGGAGGGGAAAAAGUGCGUCCUAUAGAGCGAAAAAUACGGUACUUAAAAUAAAAGGUGGCAGCAAUAAUGCAACAUUGUUAACUACAGAAUUGAAAUCAGUACAAUGUUGAUAUUACUAAAUAAAAACAAACCAACAGCAGAUGGUAUAACCAUAUGUAUUACAGCUACCCCCUCACUCUUAGUACAGUGGUACCUCAGGUUAAGUACUUAAUUCGUUCCGGAGGUCCGUUCUUAACCUGAAACUGUUCUUAACCUGAAGCACCACUUUAGGUAAUGGAGCCUCCUGUUGCCGCUGCGCCACCGGAGCACGAUUUCUGUUCGCAUCCUGAAGCAAAGUUCUUAACCCGAGGUACUAUUUCUGGGUUAGCUGAGUCUGUAACCUGAAGCAUCUGUAACUCGAGAUACCAAUGUAUAGGAUACCAGCUUAACCAAUUGGAAAUGUAGUUUGUAGGAUCUGUCUAAAACAAAUCUGAACAGCUGUCGGAGAAGGAAGUUCUGUAGAUGGGACUGCCACCAAAAAUCCUAUCUUAUAUGUCUGCCAGGCUAAUUGUACCCACAGCCUCCAAGGCUGAUCUUAAGAUCUAGGCAGCUUCCUAUUUGUAGGUGAUCCUUCAAUUAUCCCAGUCCCAAACCAUUAAGGUUUUCAAAGGUCAUAACCAUCACUUUGAAUUGGACCUAAAAAUGAACUGGCAACCAUUGCAGCUGUUAAACUAUUGUAGUUAUAUGCUCUGAGUACCUCACCCAAUCAACAUUUGGGCAACGGCAUUUUACCCUAGGUGAAGUUUCUGAAGUAUCUCCAGAGGCACCCCCACAUGGAGUGCUUUGCAGUAGUCAGUCUGGAUUUAACCAGGACAUCACUAACAGAUUCAAGAUCAGUUUAAUCUAAGUAGAGCUGCUGCUGGUACACCAGCUGAACUUGGUAAAAGGCACUCCUUGUCCCACCAUCUGUGCUAUAAAUGCUAAUUAUGCUUACUCACCUAAAUUCUAUGUUAUAAUUACAUUCUAUCUAGUGAUGUUUCAUAUUUUCCCAGGUUCAAAAAAUAGUGUUUUGUCAGAACUGAAAUAUGUAAUAUUGUAACUAGAUGCUAACUACAGAAAUUUAUGUACAAAAAUGAGUGUUUCUUACACACACAAAAGUGAUUUUGUGACACUGCCUUAGAGAAGUUGAGGGAAUUUGGGUGGAAGUAGAUUUCCUAGCUCAGUUGAUAGACUCCCCCACCCCAAUUGUAUCAAAAUAAAAAAAGGGUGAAAUUACAUGUUAGUCAUACAUUUCAGUAGGUGAGCAUUAGUAUGUCUUAAGUGGGUAUUGCCUACUCUUUAUAUCAGGCACAUCCAAAGUCCGUUUCAGGUGCCUAAUCCGGCCCUUCACUUCAUCAAAUCUGGCCCUCUUUGAAAAAAGUUUGGACACCACUGCUCUAUAUAUGUUGACUUUCAAUAUUCAGGUUUAACUUCUGUGCAUCCAGACUUAUGAGCAAAGUUUUUGAGUCCUAGAACUUUCAUGAUAGAAAAUCUGAACUAUAGUUUUAUUGGGCACUUUGAUCCAUUAUGCCAUAAGAAAGGAAGAACUUCUUUAGUCUGUACUGUAGCACUUUGGUCAGUAGCCCUACAUAGAUAUUGUUCUGACUGUUGCCUAUAAACGGUAAAAAUUACUAUUUGUGAUACUAGUUUUGAUCACAUGCAUUUGGGAGAAUGGAAGAAAACUAGAUUGGUUGGCUUCCUUACACUGUAUUAUAUUCUUUCAUAUUGUGGAAGGCUUUCUUAUACUAUUUCUUACACCUUUCAUAGCACAGUUGUAAUUUUAAAAUAAGUCUUUUUGAAAUUUGAAUAUUGUGUGUUCAGAGAUGUAAUUUUUCUGCAAAUUAUGGCAGAUAGUUCAGCUGUGGUACCCUUUUUCUGUUUCAGCAAAUGUCUGAUUUAUUUCUGGCUGGUAAUGCAGUGUGAUCUCUUCAAAACAUUGCAGUGAUUAACUUGAAAUUCUAGUUAUGAAACUGUGUUGUAGCAUGAUCCUUAAAGUAGGUCAUUGUGACGGGAGUAGUCCAAACAGGCUGCUGGUUGCUAGAGCAACGACCUAUUUAAGAAGCCCUUUCUGUUGAUUCAUAUUGAAACAAUCCUUUAGAAAUCAUAUAAGGAAAUGAAUUAAAAGCUAACACAGAUGGAGAGAAAUAUUAAGGGUUUGUUAUACUGGGUGUCUUUCUCUUCCCCACUCCCUUUCCCCAAUCUGUUGGGGACUUUGAAGAUUAAAUUGUAUAUGUUCUGUUCUCAAGAGGUUCUCUUUCCAUUUAGGCCUCCUUUGCACACUUAGAUUGAUUAUCAUUUUUCUUAAAGCAUGCAUAGUAUUGUUUCAUUUAAUUCUAACUUGAUAAACUGUAUUACAAAUUAUUCAGUGUGUCUGUAUAUUGAGUUUUCAUGCAAAGUACUUAGACAUUUUAAAUAGAACAAUGUAAUUCUGAUUAUGUGCAAGGAAAUAGUUGAAUGUUAUGUUAAUAGCUUGCCUUUUCCUCUGGGAAAGUGAAAAUGGCAUUUUAACCUUAAAACAAUUCUGAAAGAAGUAGCUGAGGCUGAGAGAUUAUAUGUUUGUAUCUGUAGUUAGUGAGGAGAUUUGAUUCUGGAUUUCACACAUCCAGACUCUAGUCAUUGCACUACACUGUAAGUAACACAGAGUAACAAAAACGGAUACAUACGUAUUUGAAAAUCUUUGGUUGAUCAGCAGAGGAAUGCUUUGAUCUGCUUUCAAUGUAGCAUUUGUCUACUCUGUAAAAGUUGAAAAGAUAGAUGUGAGAGCAGGGUAGAAAACACUUCUAGAAUCUCAGAAGGGAUAGUCAGUAGUGGCAGCGUCUUCCUUUCAUCUGCAUUAGGUGAACAGAAAAGCUAAUAAUUAGUUGUGUAUUUUUUCUUUGUUUAUUUUUGCCCUCUAGAUUCACAAACAAAGAACCAGUGUGAUCUGAAGUUGAGAAUCAGAUCAAGAUGGAGUGGGGGAUCAAAUUCUUAAAGCCAAUAAGUUCACUUGUAGACCCUGGGCCAAUCACUGUCUCGCAGCCUAACCUGUCUCACAUGAUUGUAGUGAGGAUAAUAUGGAGGGAGGAACCAGUACCCUGCACAUCUUGAAAAUCUGCUCCUGUGUAUUGGGGACCUUCUGGAGCAGAUUUGGGGUGGGGAGGAGGAGAAGAGAGUCCUGUUGCAUAAACAGAUCUUUACUGGUACAGCAUUAGAUACAGCUGUCUGUGUGCUGCAUCUUGAAGCAUGUGCUUCUUGGAAGAGGAGGCAGGAUAUAAAAAUUGCAAAUGAAUAAUAAGUGCAUAAAGAAUAUCAGUUGAGCUUGUGCAAAUAAUAUUUUUCAUAGCACAAGAUAUCUAAGAACUAUAGGUUAUGAAUAGUAGCUUUCACCAUUCAAAAAUUAGAGCUUAUAAUGGAAGUUUGGGGGGUAAAUGGGCUGGGAAUGAGAGUCUAGGAUCCAGCAGCUAUGGGCAUCUCUGCCUCUGCUCUAGAAAAGAACCACUUUUUGAGGUUGGCACUGUUUAUUUGAAAUGAGGUAAUUUUGAUCAGACUUGGGUGAUAAUUUUAGAACCGUUCUUUAAAAUUGUUAAUUUACAUUUUAAUAAAUUCAUAAAGUUGUAUGGUUGCUAUACAGAUUAUAGGUCACUUUUGACCACUUAAGACUGCAUACAGACCAUCACUACUGUUGAAUAAGAACAACUUCCUCUUCCACUUGACUGAAGUACUAUGUUUGCAAAUAAGAUAGGUGUUACAUACCGUAUUUUUCGCCCCACAGGACGCACCUAGGUUUUUUGGGGGGGAAAUAAAGAAAAAAAAAUCCCCCCCCCCGGUGCGGGGAAGCCUGAGCUUCCCCUGACCCCAGCCCCUGACCCCAACCCCAGACCGGCGGGAAGUUGCGCCGGUCUCCCUAGGCUUCGGAAUGCAGGCAGCUCUGCGCAACCCUCGGGAGACCAGCGUGACUCCCAAGGGCUGUGCAGAGCUUCCUGAAGCCUGGAGAGCGAGAAGGGUCGGUGCGCACCGACCCCUCUUGCUCUCCAGGCUUCAGCGAAAGCCUGCAUUCGCCCCAUAGGACACACACGCAUUUCCCCUUCAUUUUUGGAGGGGAAAAAGUGCGUCCUAUAGGGCGAAAAAUACGGUAAAUAUCUCCUAUAGCUUCAUCUCUGAUUAUAUGGGCUAAGAGCACUCAGGUCAUAAUAUCAGACUUGUAGUGUACAUAAUAGAAGUCCUCUAAGAAUGAAUUGUUGUUGAAUUGUGGCUGUUCAACUGGUUGCCAGUCUGCUACUGGGCCCAAGUUCAAGGUGUUGCUAUUAUUAUACAAAAACCUUAAUAACUUGGGACCAGUUUACCUACGAGAUUGCCUUACCCCACAUGUGCCCACUUGACUGCUUCAAUCAGCGGAAUUGGCACUAGUAUAGCUGCCACAAAAUACCCAUUCCACAUUUGUGAGAACUCAGUUGUUUAGUGUGGCAGCACCUGCACCUUGGAACUCGCUGCUUAUUGAUAUCUAGCAGGCAUUUUCUUUGUAUUCUUUUUGGCGCCUACUAAAAACAUUCUUAUUUAGGCAAGGCUACUGAGAUGCUUAGAAAUGCUGGUGUGAAUUUUAAUCUGUUUUAGUAUUUUAAUAUUUUGUUGUUUUAAAGAAUUUUAUUUAUCUUUUUGUAAACCAUGGUGAGGUGUUUUUUGUUUUUGUUUUACAAUCAAGCUGUUUAUCACUUUUAUGAAACAAACAAACAAACAAAAAAUACUGAUUGCUAGAAAGAAAGCAUUCCAGUUUGCAGUUUUUUCUCUCUUUGCCACUCAGCUGCAUUUUUUUGGUCACAGUGAGUAGGUUUUAAUGCAAUCCUUUAAAACAAUAGUUGAAAUAUAAGUCUGUCUUAAAUAUCAGUGCACAUCUGUGUUUCUGAAAAAUGAGAAACAUACCCAUCAAACUAUAGGAAUAUUGCAGAAGACCUGUAGGAUUAAGCAAGGCAGGCAGUUGACUUAGUAUUGCUAUUCUAUAAUUACAAUUGUUCUAAGUCUGAUAAUUCAAUUUAAUAAAGGAAUUUAAUUAUGCAACAAUGAACUAUUAAACAUUUCUAGGAAUGCUACCAUAAAUAUAUGAGAUGAAUUAGAAAAAGCUUAAAGGUAAAGACUUAUACCUUUCUUAACAAAACUGCUUAUCUCAGCCCCCUUCCCCUGGGGUUUGGCUAUCUCAUGCUUAAUUGAAAGCAAAAAAUAGGUUAGCAACUUUUUAAUGCUUAAAUUAAAAUUGUUUCAGGAGAAAAAUGCAUUUUAAAGUGUAUAUCUAAAUUCAUUCCAGUUGACCCUGCUAUUAUAUCUCUACUUAAGCAUUCUGUGUUGAACCAGACUCUGGUCCAUAAAAAUUAAUAGUGUGAUAAAUCUGUUAUCAUUAAGGUGCCAUAGGAUUCUUUGUUUUUGCUGCAAAAGACUAACCUGGCUACCAUUCUGGAAUUUCUUACAAUGUAAGAUCACUCUUCUGCCAUUCAGGAAAAUGAAGCUAACUGUAUUAGGCACAUUUAAAGGUAAAGGACCCCUGACAGUUAAGUCCUGUCGUGAACGACUCUGGGGUUGCGGCGCUCAUCUCGCUUUACUGGCCGACAGUAUUUCCGAGUCAUGUAACCAGCAUGACCAAGCCACUUCUGGUGAAACCAGGGCAGCGCACGGAAACAUAGUUUACCUUCCCGCCAGAGCGGUACAUAUUUAUCUACUUGCACUUUGACGUGCUUUCAAACUGCUAGGUUGGCAGGAGCUGGGACCGAGCAAGGGGAGUUCACCCCAUUGCGGGGAAUUGAACCACCGACCUUCCAGUCGGCAAGCCCUAGGCUCAGUAGUUUAGACCACAGUGCCACCCGCAUGUAUUAGGCACAUUUAGCAGCACAUAAAAUUCAGUAGUUUCCCAUGAAUUGUUGUACCUGAAAUAUAAUAUAAUAUGAAAUUAUAAUUAAUGUAACAAAGUACCUGAAUUUGCUUUGAUGAAGAAAGCAAAGGUGUUUGACAGCUAAUAGAUUCUGUGGAAAACAUUCUGUGCAAAACAUUUAAAUCCUGUCUGAGCUUAAUCGUCUUAAGAGUUCCAAAAGUGCAUAUUGGUCCUGCUAUUAUUCCAUUACAGAUAUCACAGAUUAAUACAUCUUCUCUGAAUUUGCUGACAUCUUUGGCAGCACUGUAAACUGCUCUGUGAUCCUCAGAUGGGCAAUAUUUAAAUUUAUUUAAUAAUAAUAAUCUUGACUAUAGAUUUUUUUGGCAAAUCAUCUACACAGUGAGACUAUGCACUGAGAAGAUGUGAGCAGUUUCGUGUUCCCCAUCCUAGUGCCCAUCUACAUGCUGUUGGUCUGGAAAUAAUAAUCCCUGACCAUAAGAUAUGCUAGCCAAGACUGAUGUAGUGCAGCAGUAUCUAGGGGGUACAAGGUUGGGGAAGGCUGCUAAAAUGUGAGGUUUUAUUGUAACACCAGUUUUUACACUAUUAGAACAUUUACAUGAACCCUUGAAUGUGUGCAUAAUUGUGACAGUUGGGUCACAACUGUUCCUUCAUGCAGAAAAUCUUGUUAACUUCAGAGAGGCUUUUCAGAAAAUAAAUGUGUCCACCCCUUAUAUCUUCCUUACAGGUUUUUGCUUCAGUGUCUUGAAGAUUUGGAUGCCAAUUUACGAAAGUUAAAUUCUCGUUUAUUUGUGAUUCGAGGGCAGCCUGCAGAUGUGUUUCCAAGGCUCUUUAAGGUAAAAUCCGAUGCUUUCCUCCAGUGCUGUUUCUGUGCAACUUCUAUACAUUUAUCAAGUUGUUUCAACGUAACAUAAUGUAUUCACAUUUGAUUUGGAGAGCUCUUGAAACUCACAGGAACAUGAACAGAUCCAGCUACUCUGGAUCAAUGUUCUGGUUUUUUUUUGUUUGUUUGUUUGUUUUUAGUGCUAUGGCAAAAUUUGAAAAGCAGUACACACACAAGUUCAGGUGUGUAACAUUUCUCAGAUAUAUAUAAAAAUGUUCAAAAUUAAAACUCCCUUCAAAAAUUGUUUUAUUUUCAUUGUGAUGCAAUACUGUCACAAUACACUGUACGUGUACACAAACAUUAAGAUGUUUGUAGUGACAAACAAAAAGCUGCUUAGGGUAUGUUUUGGUAACAGUUGUAUCUGCUCAUUCCUUUCUCUUUUGUUCUUCCUUCCUACAAAGCUGUCAAAAAUUGGUAGAUAUUUUUCAAGUGAAACAAAGGUAGAGUGUGUGCAAAAAGACUUAUGAAAGAGGAAAGGCCUGCUUCCAUAUAUUAAUGAUCCUGUUAAUCUGGAUUAUGCAUCUGAUCAGUUAGUCUUUUCAGUUAGUGGCUGAAAAAAGUGAAUAUUAGGGAUAUACUUGUCAAUUUACAGUGGUACCUUGGGUUACAGACGCUUCAGGUUACAGACACUUCAAGUUACGGACUCCGCUAACCCAGAAAUAGUACCUCGGGUUAAGAACUUUGCUUCAGGAUGAGAACAGAAAUCUUGCGGCGGCGGCAGGAGGCCCCAUUAGCUAAAGUGGUACCUCAGGUUAAGAACAGUUUAAGAACGGACUUCCAGAACAAAUUAAGUUCUUAACCCGAGGUACCACUAUACUCUUAAGGCCUUUGAGACUGCAUUUGGGAUAGAUGUUCAUUUUUCUGCAAGCCUGUACUGUUACACCUAUAGCUUCCUGAGAGGAGGGAGCUAUAGAUACUACUUCAGUUUGCUUAAAUCUUUCAUGGCAGAACUCUUGGCUCACAUAUUCUGUGCAGCCAACUACAGUUGCAGAAAUUUUUUGGGCUGUUCAUAUGCUACUGUAUACAUUUGGCCACUUGUGUUUUUGGUUUGACUGUAUUAAUGUUCAUAUAUGUUAUCCCUAUUUCUCCAUGAUCUGUAACAACUAUCCUUUUAACCCUUUUUCAAAACUGCAGGAAUGGAACAUUACAAAACUUUCUAUUGAGUAUGACUCUGAGCCAUUUGGGAAGGAGAGAGAUGCAGCAAUUAAGAAGUUGGCUAGUGAAGCAGGAGUGGAAGUCAUUGUACGAAUUUCACAUACUUUAUAUGACCUAGAUAAGUAAGUUAAUAGUUUUGUGAAUUUAAAAUGAGAAAGAAAAGCUUCCUGGUAACAUAAUAUGCAAUAUAUAUAAGUUUUAGCAAUGAUGUGGAAAAAAAUCAUUACCAUAUUUUCCAUGAAUAUGUUCCUAUUUAUGAAUGUAUUGCUUCAUAAAUAUUGUCACAUAAUGAUUUGGUUCCAUACCAGUCAAAUUUGGCAGCUUACUUACCAGUGUUUUCAAAGUGUGGAAAGUGUGUUCUAUUUAUUUAUCGCAUCUUGGAAUACUCAGUAUUCACAAAAAAGAAUAAUAAUUCCAGCUGGGGAGGAAAAAAAGCUGCCCCAAAAGCUGUCCUUUGAAAGCAGUGCAUGGACACCAAGCUUCUUUCUUUUGCGAAGCACUCCCAGGCAGCGCUCCUGCCUCCUGUUUGAGCCCUAAGUCUUGCGAUGCUACCAAAAGAUAGAUUUUCCUCCCCUCUCAAUCCCCUGAUAGGGAGAGGAGCAAAGAAGGAACUUUUUGGGAAAUUUCAGCGGCUGGGGGGGGGGGAGAAAACCCUUGGACUCUGCACUUUCACCCAUCAGCUGACCUCAUGAGAGGCAUCAGCUGAUGAAUAGGUGGGCAUAGUCUGGGGAAAAUGGCAUUGCAGGCCAAAAUUGGCUCUUCAUUCCAGAUGAAAACUGCAGUGUAUGGCUUUCACUAGUUUUCUUGUCACCUUUUUAUAAAUAUUUCUUGUCUAACUUAUUUCUAUCAUUAAUUCAUAGGUUGGUUAUUUGCCUGGGUGGUAAUGCUUACACUUGCAGUCUAAUACAACUACAGUGGUUGACUCUUUAGGCUUUUCUGUGGACAUUUGAUAAAGGAAUGUAAGCUCUGAAAUUGCAAUAUAAUGGGACUGUUAUUUGUAGAUAUAAGAGAAUUCAUGUCAAGGGUAAGAAAAAUAUGCAGUUUCCUACAGUGUUUUGUAACAACAUUACCUUAAGUUAACAUUUUCUUCCAUGUUUUUAGGAUUAUAGAAUUAAAUGGAGGACAGCCACCCCUUACCUAUAAGAGAUUCCAGACUUUAAUAAGUAGAAUGGAGCCAUUGGAGAUGCCUGUAGAAACUAUUACUGCGGAAGUAAUGUCAAAGUGUACCACUCCAGUUUCUGAUGACCAUGAUGAAAAAUAUGGUGUUCCAUCUUUGGAAGAACUAGGUAAUCCAAGAAACUUCAUUAAUAUUCUUCCCACACUACAAAAAUAAAUGCCAGUAUUUUUAAUGGCCCUUCUGUUGUACUGUCUGUGUUUAUUCGUAGAAAAUUGACAAUCAGGGCUGCACACAAAAAGUCUGUCCCUGGUUUUCCCUCAACCUGUGACCAAAGGGAUUAUGAAUCCCUGACACUGUAGGAUACAAUAGCUGACUUGAAGAAGAAUAAUGAGCAAAUGCUGUUGGUUAGUUAGUAUCACGUUGAUAGAAAUAUCCUUAAAUUAAUUCACAGUUUGAAUGUCAAGAGAAGCAUUUUUCCUAAUACACUUAAUUUAUUCUCCCAGUACUGUAUUCAAGGUGGAGUGUCUAAAGCUAGUAACUUUUACAAGAAGAAUGAACAAUCUCUCUUCAGAGGACACUUACAACCAUUGACUUAAAAAAACUUUUAUCAUAACAGAAAAUAGACCUGGUUUGCUUAUUUGACAAGAAAUAUGAGUAAGACUGUAAGACUUUGUAGGGGAUCACAUAUCUUUUAUUUCAGUUAAAUACAAACAUUUGGUCAAAGGAUAUCAAUCUAGAUGCAUGGGCAUUAGAGACCAAUUAUAAAUUCUGUAUUCAGCAAUUCUUGGAAUCAUAGAAUUGAGAUGAAAGGGAUCCUGAGGGUCAUCUAGGCCAGGCAUCCCCAACCUUCGACCCUCCAGAUGUUUUGGACUACAAUUCCCAUCAUUCCUGACCACUGGUCCUGUUAGCUAGGGAUCAUGGGAGUUGUAGGCCAAAACAUCUGGAGGGCCACAGGUUGGGGAUGCCUGAUCUAGGCCAACCUACUGCUAUGCAGUGCAUCCAUAACAGAUGGCCAUCCAACCUCUGCUUAAAAACCUCCAGUGAAAGAGAGUCCACCACCUUCCAAGGGAGUCUCUUCCACUGUUGAACAGCUCUUAGUACUACUACUUUUAUUAAUGCUAUAUCCAUAUGCAUAUAAUCAUUUUUCCCCAUAGCAGGGUUACUUCUGAGAUGACGAAUGUAAAAUUAUUGUUAUUAAUCACCUUCCACAUCCCUCUUAAGGAGAUGUGCAAAAUAUAAUAAACAGCUAAAACAAUUAAAAAUAACAAGAAAAUGUGUUUAAAAAGAAACCUAGUCAAAAUACGUGAAGUUGAUUGCUAUCGUUUAUCUUAAAAAUUCUGAGGGAAGCUGUUUUAUUACGAAAUGAAAACAGCUCUCUGUUGUUCACUUGCUAGACAUUAUUGCAUUACAGCAAACGUUUCAGACACAGCAGUAACAAAAUUUGGGCUGUGUUCAGUGGUGCCCUUCUAUUUUCAGAAGCCCAUUUCAUUCAACGGAGACCUCUCAUAGUGGUGGGGGGGAGUGAUUUUUGUAGAUUUCUGCACCCUGUAAACCAGCUUUGGAGAGUUAAGAGACUCUUGGGUAGUGUGUUGAAAAACAGCUGAAGGGAAAUGGGGAAUCACCUUCUUUCCCCACAUCAGCAGAGACCUGUGGUAUUCAGAGAGUACAGUCCUACCUUGGUUGACGAACGCCUUGCGACUUGAACAUUUUGGCUUCCAAACGCCGCAAACCCGGAAGUGAGUAUUCUGGUUUGCAAACGUUCUUUGGAACCCGAAGCCAUCCUGCAGCCAAUCAGAAGCUGUGCCUUGGUUUCCAAACAUUUUGGAAGUUAAAUGGACUUCCGUAACAGAUUCCAUUUGACUUCCGAGGUACCACUAUAUCUGCAAAUGGAGGGAAUCAUUUCAUAUGUCGAAGGGUACUUAUGGAUGUAGCCACUUGUCUGUUAAUUAGAAAAGGAAAUAAAAGAUCUUUAUUAAUUUGGUGGGUAAAUAUGUAGCACUUUUGAAGCCAUGCACAUCUUUGGAAUCUUUUUGGAACCUAGAAGCUUGUAGUAUUUGGAUAUUUCCCCCUCUGUUAUCCUUGAUUUUUAGCAUUGAUAUGCUAGCAAACAAUUUCUCACUUGGGAAAACGAGAUUCUUGCCAAAAUUGUUUGGCUGCUAUAUUUAUAAUUAUUUUAUCUUGCAGGUUUUGAUACGGAUGGAUUGCCUUCUGCUGUUUGGCCAGGUGGAGAAACAGAAGCUCUUACAAGAUUGGAAAGACAUUUGGAAAGAAAGGUACAUUCACUAGCCUUAGCAGACAUCAGUUAAUCGUGGUUUAAUACCUUGUAUAGAGGUAAAAAGGUACUGACUAGCAUCUGAGGAUUUCUAUGCUACCUUUCAAAACACAACAUCAUCCCAUGAAGGCUAAAGUUCGGUACAAAAACUAAAAUAACAUCAAAAUAUUAAAUACUAAAACACAAAGAGCAGCAUAGAACAAAGUGGGCCAACAGACAAACAAUUUAAAUUGUACCCACCAUUUCCCAGAAAGAUGAACUGAAAUAAAAAGCUCUUUCACACCUACCUAAAAAGCAGAUGGGGAGGAGUGAAAUGUAUCUCCCUUGUAGAGGUGAUCUUCCAAAUAUUCUUGUUAACUCUUCUAAAGAAAUAUAAUUCAGCUACUUGUUUAUGCCUUUAUUAACUGGCUCAAGCAUAUGGCCCUUGAGGGAGGUGUCAGUAUUGUAUUGUCGCUGUAUUUUCACAUAGAGUUCACCUUUUCUCAGUACCUUUUGAUUGAAGACCAAUUGUUGCUUCUAGAAUUUACAGGUAAAUAAACUGAAGCUGGUAAACGUCAGUGGUUCCAAAUUCUGAAAUCUAGGUUUGCCAUUAGCUGUUGCCAAGUUUCCUUUUUUAAAAAAGUGAUUAUAAGGGGAAAAAAACCUGAAUGAAAAAUGUACAUAACCUUUUCAUUUUUCUUAAGGCUUGGGUAGCGAACUUUGAACGACCACGAAUGAAUGCAAAUUCUCUUCUUGCAAGUCCCACGGGACUUAGUCCUUACCUACGAUUUGGCUGUUUGUCCUGCCGCCUGUUUUACUUCAAGUUAACAGACUUAUACAAAAAGGUAUGAACCAGCCAACUUGAACUGUCAAAUACUCAUUUAAUAAUAAAAUAAAACUUGUUUUUUUAAAAAAUGAAUAAUUUAUUGUGCUAUCAUUUCAGGUAAAAAAGAACAGCUCUCCUCCUCUUUCCCUCUAUGGCCAGUUGUUGUGGCGUGAAUUCUUCUACACAGCAGCCACUAAUAAUCCACGCUUUGAUAAAAUGGAAGGCAAUCCCAUAUGUGUGCAGAUUCCAUGGGACAGGAAUCCUGAGGCUUUGGCAAAAUGGGCAGAGGGCAGGACAGGAUUCCCUUGGAUUGAUGCUAUUAUGACCCAACUACGUCAGGAAGGCUGGAUCCACCACUUGGCCAGGCAUGCUGUAGCAUGCUUCUUGACUCGAGGCGAUCUGUGGAUUAGUUGGGAAGAAGGGAUGAAGGUACAUUUCUUUGUUCCUUAAUUGAUGAUGAUUUUUCUUUUGUAUUGGCAUUUUAAGAUUUCAGUUUGAUAUUUUAGUUAUGCAGAUAUUUCUAAAUUUCAGGCAGCUUUUGCUACACAACCUAUUUAUACAGAAUAUGUUGUAUCUAGUGCUGUAUUGUUGUUUUUUCUGUUCAUCAAGUUAUAUAUAAUAGUAUUAGGCCAUGGUAUUUGUCUCAUCCUUUGAAUAAAUACUCUGAGAAGGCAGUCCUAAACACACAUACUAGGAAGUAAAUCCCACUGAUGAUGGAAUUUACUUCUGAGUAAACAUGCUUAGGAUUAUACUGUAACGGUAGAUAUUGCUAUGGCUUUAGAGUGGAAUUUAUAGCCCCUUAAAAAAUAGUGAACGCUAUGCGCUACUUGUUAUAUAACUUAAACAAGGCUAGCUAAAUAGCAUCAUCUAGUGGAGAACAGGCAUUAUUACAUGCCACGCUCAAAGCUUCCUAUGUGAAUUUUCCUUUUCUUUACACUGCUCCCUCCCUCAAAAACAAAUGCACAGUUCUAAAGCUGUUGAGAAUAAUACCAUGAACAUCUGAUCCUGUGGACUGUCUUCAUAGCUGCAACAAUAUGAGCAGUUGCUUGACCCAGUGCUUCUAAAUCAAGUUAAGACACUAGCGAAGGGGCAGCAUCUCCCACUACUGCCUUGCUUUCAAAGAACUGAACGAACCUAUUACGUUCACAUUUAUUCAGUACAGUACGUAUCUUAUAUUUAAGCCAGGUGAGCAGGCAACAGUGUCCAGGCCAGCAGAACAGUCUAGGAUCACUCCUUUUGCAGUGAUGCCCAUCUUAAGAUCUCCUUAGUUUUGUUUCUCAUUUUUAGUCUAAGUUUAUGUAUAUGAGCCACUUUGUGCUUCUGGUGCAGAUGAACUCACCUAGAUAAAAUUAUUACUGCUGAUUAAGCACAGUUUGGAAUUCUGUUGGGCUCUGCUGUGUGUAUCCUCAUAUGCCUUGCCUCAACAGGGAUUUGGAACAAGAAUUUACAGUAUAUGUUCCUCUGCAUUAUGUCAAGAGUAGGAGUUUUAUGUAACUCGUCAUAGUCAUUUUAGCAGCCAUGACUCUGAUGGCUUUGUCUUAAUGCUUCAAAACUGUACAGCAUUGAAAAAGUAUUUCUCAAAAACUAUUUGGGCUAACAGAGUGUUUGUUUUAAAGGUAUUUGAAGAAUUGCUCCUGGAUGCUGACUGGAGUGUGAAUGCAGGCAGUUGGAUGUGGCUGUCCUGUAGCUCCUUCUUCCAGCAAUUUUUCCAUUGCUAUUGCCCUGUGGGCUUUGGCAGAAGAACUGACCCUAAUGGGGACUAUAUCAGGUUAAGUACCAUUGCCAAUUAUUAGAAAAAUUAAAGGGUUAAACAAGCUGUUCUAUAAAGGACUUGGUGACUUAAACUUUUUCUUCUUUUCUUUAUAAGACGCUAUCUGCCUGUACUCAGAGGGUUUCCUGCAAAGUACAUCUAUGAUCCUUGGAAUGCCCCCGAGGGUGUCCAGAAGGUUGCAAAAUGUGUAAUAGGAGUGAAUUACCCUAAACCAAUGGUAAAUCAUGCUGAGGCAAGUCGCUUGAAUAUUGAAAGGAUGAAACAAAUCUACCAGCAACUAUCACGAUACAGAGGAUUAGGUAUGGUAAAAUGUUUUGAUUUAGAGAAGUUCACUUCUUUCUGUACUUGACUGCUUCUCUAUAGCCACAGGGCCCAGGCAUGAUGAGUGUAACUAGGUGAUUGAAAGGAUUGGCAAAUGAAAGACUGUUUCUCUUGUGCAUUUCAUUCAUGUCAACUGUUUUAUGUUGAACUGUUGUGUUAAAUUUUGUGAACCACUCUAUAAAGGGUUUAUCCAGCUAAGGUAUACUCUGAGUAGACCCAUUGAAAUCAAUGGAAUUACAUAACUCAAUUGAUUUGGUGAGAGUACUCUGAGGAUGACUUGACCAGAUGCAAAUCGGAAUUUUUCAAUGAUCCAUUGGAUUAGAUUUUUUGAAAACAUGGGAGUUGGAUCCAUUUUUUAGUCAUAGUAAGUGUCUAACUUAGUUGGAUACAGCCCAUUGCAUUCUUCUGUCUGGAAAGAGAAAAUGAACAUCCAUAUGAAAGGAGAAUUUGCUGCUUUUACAUACUUUCCAGAUACUGAUCUUGGUGCUGCCUUUGCGGCCCCCCCCUCCCCCGUUCCUGCAUUUUUAAAAUCUUUGUAUUCGAAUUCGGACUAUGUUCUCAUGCCUGGAUGAACAGUCAUAAAUUUAACAAUACUGCCAAUCCUUGUAAUUUUCUUCUAUGAUCUGUUUCUUGGAGGACCUAAUUUUCGUUUUGGAUGAAAUACAGAAAGGCCACCAGCAGAAUUGGAAAAGAUAGUGACUAAACAAAAAUGUAUGUUCUUCAUUCUGAUGCUAAUGUAUUUUGUUUUGAUUAGGUCUGCUUGCAUCAGUGCCUUCUAAUGGGAAUGGGAAUGGAAAUAGUGGCCUAAUGGGAUAUUCACCAGGGGAAACCCUUCCUAGUUGUACCAAUGCCAGUGGUAAGUUCUACCUAUUCUUAAUAAAAGUAGGCUGGGAAAUAGAAAGCAGUAAAAUCUACUUAAGACUCCAAUGACAUUGUAUUGUUUAGCAAAUCUAUCUUACCAACUUUCGAAAAUUAGAACUUCAAUAGCAUAUGGUCAUUAUUAUUCAUAAUCACUCAGUUACUAGGUACAGUGGACAUCUACACACAGACUACAGAUGGGAUAGGGUUUAAUUCACUCCACAGCUUUUGAGGGAGCAUCAUGCCUCUUAUCUCAGCACCUGGACUGGAACACAAUUAGCCAAUAGUCAAUUACUGCAUUUCCCACAAAUAAAUGCGUACUGAAGGCAGUUUAAAUAAGUAGUUUCCAAUAAAGUACAUAACCAUAAAAGGUUAAAAGAACUCCAACACAACACUCACAGUCUAAAAAAACCCAGAAAAGCCAAAUGCAGUGUUUUCAUUUUAUUUGUACAGCAUCCAUUAUACUGAUACCCAGUUGCAGGUAGAGGUCCUUUCCACUACAAAAGGGGAACUCUUCAACUUUCUUAGUGUUUACAUCUGAGUAUGUUAUAUGUACAGUGGUGCCCCGCAAGACGAAUGCCUCGCAAGACGAAAAACUCGCUAGACGAAAGGGUUUUGCGUUUUUUGAGUCGUUCCGCAAGAUGAAUUUCCCUAUGGGCUUGCUUCGCAAGACGAAAUGUCUUGCGAGUUCUUGCGAGUUUGUUUCCUUUUUCUUAAAGCCGCUAAGCCGUUAAUAGCCGCUAAGCCGCUAAUAGCCGUGCUUCGCAAGACGAAAAAACCGCAAGACGAAGAGACUCGCGGAACGGAUUAAUUUCGUCUUGCGAGGCACCACAGUAUAUAUUAAUAUUGAUAGGAUAUAUAUUAAUAAUAUCAUAAAAUGCAGUUGUGAUGACUAAAUAUUUAAUAGUUCUUUUCAAAAUAAUAUGCAGAUGUAGUUCUACAAUACAGUAUUUCGAAAUCGGGAUUAAGGCCUUUUCUAUCUUGGUUACUUUGAACCAAGAGGAAAGUACUUGCAAGUCAUUGUUUGCAUGUACUAAUAUUCCUGUCCAAGCUCAGUUAACAUGCAAAAGUAGAGAUUGCACAUGGAUUUGGUUAAGAAAAUGGGCUAUGUAACUAGCACACAAAUACACAUAAUCAGCUCAGGCAGUUUAGUAUUUCACAUUCUGAAGAAGUUCUCAUAGCUUUCAGAUUAUAAUCUUUAAAACCAAACAAAAAUAGUUUGGGGGACUGACCAGAAAGUCUAAUUUCUUGAAUGGCAAAGGAAUAAAUGCUUCCUUUGGGCAGGAUCAUAAACGAAUUGACAGUCUAGCCAGAAAUUAAUUUUAUUGUGACUGUGGAAAUAUCUGCAUUGCACUCGGACAGAGAUACCAUUAAAACAAAUUAACUAUUGAUAGGAAGCCUAUACCUUCCCAGAAAUUAGUAGAGCUAACCAUGCAGAUUUGUGUUCUUCCAGGAUCUCAAAUGGGAACAAAUGAAGCCCAUACAGGAAGUCUUCAAACAUGCACGUUAGGAGAAUCUCAUACAGGAACUAGUGGAAUUCAGCAGCAAGGUAAGACAACAUUGCUUCAGUUUUGCAUUAAAUUCUUCAGAAGUCUUACUUAUUCCAGUACUUUGGAUUAUACCAAUUGAACAGGAGGAAUGAGGGGUUUCCUGCCAUGCCGCCUGUAAUUAUGUGCACCUUGUCUCUAUAGGACAGGUUCCUUUUAAACCUUCUUUAAGUGAAUGUAUCUGAGCAAAAAUAUCUGGCCCUCUCCAAGAGGAACCAAAAUGAAGUCAAGAGAACUUCAUGCUGAAGCAUCAGAGUUUGUAAAUCAAAGAAAAGUUUAUCUCCCACUUGCCCCUGCAAAGUUUCAGAUGCUUUUAGUACCAAUUCCCCGGCUACCCUCUGUGUAAGUGUGUUGUUGAGGGCCAAGGUGCAAGAGGAAGAAUUUUAGAAAAUAAAUGGGACUUCCUCAAGUGGGAUUUGCAUUGUAUUGCCAGCAAUCAUACAGGUUGUCAUUUAGAGAGAGCUAAGUAUGCCUGAAUAAUUAAGCACUGAAAUCUCACUGGCUUUAGAGAAAGUGAGAUAGUUCUGUCAGUAUUUAUCCACCCAUAUGCUGGAGUUCUACCAUUUUCAGCUAUGCAAGUUAACCACAGAUCCCAGCUGGAAAGGUGGAGAAGGAAGUAAAGCAGGAACACAUGGGACUUCAAAAUUUUAGCCUCUUAGGUAUGCACACAGCCAAAAGCUAUUUCUUGGGGCCAAGGGCACGGGCGCGCAACAUGACCUGCAACAAGACUAAUUUUUAGAUUUCCAUAUGUCAUGGGUAGGCAAACUAAGGCCCAGGGGCUGGAUUCGGCCCAAUUGCCUUCUAAAUCCAGCCCACGGCCAGUCUGGGAAUCAGUGUGUUUUUACAUGAGUAGAAUGUGUGCUUUUAUUUAAAAUGCAUCUCUGGGUUAUUUGUGGGGCAUAGGAAUUUCUUCACCCCCCCCAUAUAGUCCGCCACCCCCAAGCUCUGAGGGAUAAUGGACCGGCCCCCUGAUGAAAAAGUUUGCUGACCCCUGCCCUAUGUAUUUACCAAGCCUAGCUUACACAGUUGACAGCCCAGUUGGAGGCACUUUCAUUAAAAUGCAUUAUAAUUGUAUGAAGAAUUUCUAGAACUUUGAUCAGAAGUAUUUAUUGCAGAUCUAUUACACAUUUCAAAAAUAUUUUAAUGUGUUUUUAGCAGGUUACCCUCAAGGGAGUGGUAUUUUGCAUUACGCUCAUGGGGAAGGCCAGAAAACACACUUAAUUCAGCAAGGUAAGUUCUAUAAACAUGUGUGAUGGCAUUAUCUGAAACUCAAAUAGAUUCUUAAAGUAGGUCUUUGGUUUCAAUUUGCAGGAAGAGCAUCUCUUGUUGCUGGAGUGUGCACUGGGAAACGUCCAAAUCCAGAAGAGGAAACUCAGAGCAUUGGUCCCAAAGUCCAGCGACAAAGCAGUAAUUAAUUGGGUAAAAAUAAGAACUCUGAAGGAAGAUAUUAAUGAUAGAAAACCAUAUGCUGAUGUCAGAAGGAAAAACUAAACAUGCCUCCUGAAUGGUUAAGAACAUAGCUUCCAUUAGAGGAGUGGACCAAAUAUCAUUGAACCUAACAUCCUGCGUGGCAGUGGCCAAGAGUCCUGACAUUCAGUUUAUGCUUUUAGCAGUUGCAUGGGACUACCAUAUGACUUGUAUUGCCAGUUCUGCUCCAUUUAGCUUAACUUGCCCCCACCCCUUAAAACUGUGCAUUAGCUUUGUCUAUUUUUUGAGCUUGCUGAGUGAUGAUAACCAUCCACUUCAGUCAUCUGGUAUUUGUGUAACUUUCUUUGAGCAGGGAAAGGGAACGAUUUUGUUUUAUUUGACCACUCAUUCUUAUGCUCUUAUGCAUAGUUUUUGUACUGAGAAAGUGGAAGUUUCCUUUCAUUUAUUACCAUUACAUUAUACAGUUGUCAGUCCUGCAACUUGUUUUUUUCCUCCCUAAGCUGCAGCAGGUCUAAGAUACUGUCUUGUUGGCAGCUUCGAAUCUGCACCGCCAUAAAUAUUCAUGUUCUGCUCUCCCCCUUUAGAGAUAAUAUCCAAAUGCAUACCCAGUGUAAACACUGCACAUAGAUUUAUCUAGGUUGGUUGCAGUAUUUUUCUGUAGUUCUUGCACGUCUUUAUGUUGCUGCAAAUGUGCAUCCGUAGGCCUAUGAAGUGUGCAUUUAGAAUAAGUAGCCAUGCCUGCUCUGAAGCAUAUUUUGUACUGAAGCAGUUACUCUGUUCUAGCCUGUUUAGAAUAGCUGUGGCCAUGUGUUUUCUUCUGCAGCUGUAGAGCAGGGUUUGGAGCAGUUAACAGAAAAUUAUUCUGUACAACAAAUUACUUAAACGUCCGCAUAGUUGGGAAAUCUCACCUAUCUUUCUAUGACGACCAUACCAAGAACCAACCCUAAAUAUUCAUAUAACUGCUGAGUAUUAUCAGCUGAUAUAGAAGGGUUGAACAGUUUAUUUUGCUGUAUUUUUCUCUGUAUGCCUGAAAUAUUUAUUGUAAGUAUGAAGAAUUGCUCCAGCAAUUAUGUUUUGAUGUGUCACCUUAGUUCUGAGUUUUGUUUAAAAUAUUGUGGCAUUGUGAUCUGAAAUAUGCCAUAUCGGUAUUAUGGGUAAACAUAUUGUCAGACUUCACUUAACAUUGUGCUUCCAUCAAAUUCAAUCCAUUUUACCACUCUACACACUCCUUUGCCUCAAUCGGCAGCUUCUUGACUAAUUUACAAGAUAUAAAAACAGCCAUCUAUUUGCCCUGCACUAUUUAUAUUCUGUUCAAGUUUUAUUGACUCCCUCCUUUAUUUUACACUUUGAGGCACACCAAAGGUUGUAGGGCUAUACCUCAGCGGGAGAGCAUCUGCUUUGUAUACAGCAGGUCCCAAGUUCAAUCUGGCAUCUCCAGGUAGAGCUAGGAGAGAAACUGUGAAAAGCGGCUGCCAGUCUGUAAGCAAUACUGAGCAAGAUGACCAGGUGCUCCAAGUAUAAGGCAGCUUUCUGUGUUCCUAAGAUCUAGACUUAUAGGUCAAGCUCUUAUGGCUAAUUUUGUCAUAUUAUCUCUCCAAUAGGCCUCUAGAAAAACUUUACUUUUGUGAGUUACUGAAAGUUUAACAUAGCAUUGUGUGGAUCAUGUAAAAUUUGGUAGCUUACACAAGUACUGAAGAUUGGAAAAAAAGACCAGUCUGCUCUUCUUAAAAACACAAAAAAUGCAUUCUGUAGCUGCCCAUUAUAUUUGGAAAUAUUUUUUACCUACUCAGCUUUCACAGCAAAUAUUUGGCUGCAUCACACACUUCCCUGGGAGUAUGCCCAGUUCAACUCAGGGGGGCUUAUUUCUUAGGACAUGCAUGCAAUUUCAUUGUUAGUUUGCAGUGCAUGUAUGUCUAUGGACAGUUGUCUUUUGCCUCUUUUUCUUACCUGUUAUUUUUUGACAGGGCUGUUUACAAUAUAAAACACAAAAAUGUAUAGCAUAAUAAUGAUAAACAUAAAUAAUAAUAAUACACAUAAUUACACCCACCCAUUUACUAAGCCACAGAUCAUUUAAUUAGCCAAAGGCCUGGGAGAAGAGGAAUGUUUUUGCUUGGAGCCUAAAGAUACAUAACAAAAAAAGUGCCAGGGAAGCCUCCUUGGGGAGAGCAAUCGACAAGUGGGGAUCCACCUCAUAAAGGGCUCAUUCCAGACCUCUUGUGUAGGAGGCAGAUGAAGAAGAGCCUCAGGUGAUUACUGCAGGGUCUGGGUCAGGUCAUACGGGGAGAGGCAGUCCUUGAGGUACUGUGGUCUUGAGCUGUUUAUAACUAUAGGUCAGAACCAGCACUUUGAAUUGGGCCCAGAAACUAUUUGACAGCCACUGCAGUCGGGCCAAGGCUGGUGUUAUAGGCUCAAACCAUCUUGUCCUCGUGAACAACCUGGCCGCUGAAUUCUGCACCAAAACUGGGCCUAAACUGCGAUUGAAAUGGAUGUAGAAAAUUUGUUUCCUCCAAGAGUGCCUAGAUCUGGUCUGCGACCACUUGUUGAAUAACCUUGCCCAAGAAGGGGAGGUUGGUAACUGAGCAGUAAUGACUUAGAUUACUUGAGUGGUUUUACCACUGCCUCCUUCAAGUCGUCAGGGACCACUCCCUCUCGCAAGGAGGCAUUAAUCACCUCCCUUGCCCAGCAAGCUGUCCCAUCCCUGCUAGUUUUUAUCAGCCAAGAGGGGCAAGGGUCCAGAACACAAGUGGUCACCCUGACUGAUCCAAGCACCUUGCCCACAAUUCAUUGAACAUAACAGGAUUAGACAGUGCUCUGGACAUCACUUACUUGUGUUCUGAAAUUCCCAAAUCACCAUUCUUUUUUGUUUGGACUUCCACUGCUAGCAAGAAGCUACACGUUGUAGUCUUAUGGCACCUUACAUGCAGCACAACUUAUGCAAGUGAUGAACCAGUCAUUAAAUUAAAUUAUGAACAGACAAUGUAUGCAGAAAAUGUGAUUCAUUACAUAUAAAAACAUAUUAACAAAUAUUAAAAUGUAUGCAAGGUAUGGUAACAAGUUUCAGAAAGAGAAAACAUAUAAUAUUUAUUGAGAAUUAAUUCCUAAUGGACUGAUUCAUUUUUGUCUUGCAGCUUUGCUGA